CUUGUCAGAAAAUAACAUGAAAUAAAUAUCACUUUGGAUCGAAUAGCGAAGCCGUGAAGUCUUUGGUAAUUUAAAACACCAUUUGCAGUGAGUAUAUAUUUUGCUAAAACGUCGAGUACAGCACAACUACAAUUUGGAGUACGUGUACAACUAUAAUUUUGGAGUACGUGCACAUUUACAUACUUGGAGCAGCAAAGUAAGAGGAUAUUUUCCAGACCAAAGGUGCGUGCAUAUUUCAUCAGAAGUGGUCGUUAGAACCAUUCCUACAAAAAGAACAAAGUAUGGAGUCCGAAGGAGUUAACUCUGAGAAGUACUCGCUUCUGCAAUUGAAAAGCUGGUGCGCUGCUGUUGGUGUCAACGCAAGCGGCGCAAAGGCGUCGCUAGCUGCUAGACUGAACGAAUUAUCGGCAGAAGCCCGAGGAAUCUGCCCGGGCGAAGACAAUGGGGCGGAAGAUGGAGCGAGCAGUGGUAGAGAAAACGUUACGGACAAAGAAAACGUUGCGAGCAAAGAUAAGGUUGAGCGGCAAAGGAAAGACAAAGGUGCGUCAAAAGAAGUCAACAACGGUGCGUCAAAAGAGGUUAUCAACGGUGCGUUAAAAGAGGUUAAUAACGACGACGAUAUAGUGUUUGUACAAAGUGGCGUGGCUAGUGUACGUAGCGGUACAUUUGGAGACCGUUUGGACAAAGACAAUGAGCAACCGCAUAACGAGCCGAAUCAAUCUGUGUGUGAGCGAGACAACGUAGAGAUGGAGCAGCUCAAGUUAGAGUUGGUGCAGAAAGAACUAGAAGUACUACAGUUAAAAAAACGGUUGUUGGAAAAAGACCAAAUGGCGGUCAGCACAAGCAAAGAAAAAGGCGCAAAUAAUGUUUUCGAGAUGCUGAAGGAAAUUAUUCCGAAAUACGAGGGUGGCGACGAUUUUAACGCUUGGCAGAAGCAACUGCUUCACUACCGGGACGUAUUUAACGUGGACGAUGCUACAAUGGGCGUUGUUGUUCAUUUAAAGUUGAGAGGUGCAGCCUUAGCUUGGUACAACGCAAAAACAACAUUUCCAAAAAACACUGAUGAGCUGUUGAAGGAAAUGAAAUCAGUGUUUGCAUCAUAUGAAAACAAAUUCGAGAAACGGCGAAAAUUCGAAAAACGUAUGUGGUCAUCUGAUGAAAGCUUCCCAAAUUACUUCAACGACAAGUGCGUUCUUAGCAGUGGACUAAACCUUAGCGACGGCGAAUUAGCAGAUUAUUUAGUCGAAGGCAUACCAGACGGGCAACUGCGCAUCCAAGCUAAGCUACAAAAUUUUUCAACGGCGAGCGAAGUUGUUAGGGCAUUUUGCUCAAUUACACUACCACAACCACCGCCUAGAAAGGCAACAGCAACAACAACAACUACUGCAAACGUUCGAACGGGCGAUAGACUGAGAUGCUAUAAUUGUAAUUGUACGGGUCACUAUGCCAAGGAGUGCCAAAAACCGAAACGGGAGGCCGGAUCGUGCUUUGCAUGCGGAGAGCAGGGACACUACGCACCUAACUGCAAGCAUUAUAAGAAGACGCCAGCAGAAAACAAUUUUAAUGCCUAGUUGACUCCGGAAGCCCUAUAAGUUUAAUUAAACAAGCUUUGGUUCCAACAAGGGUGCAGAUAUUAGAAGUGCAGAGUUGCUACUAUGGAUUAAAUAAAUCAUUUCUAAAAGUGUAUGGAAAAAUUAAAGUUUAUGUUAAAGUUUUGAAUAAACAAGUGUUAAUUGAAC